GUUUAUGCAUUUAUUAUGUUUAUAUUAAAUCAUUCCAAUGUGAUUUUAGAUUCUUCAGAUGCCCAGCUUUUGCGGCACAUUUCUCUUACUGGCCCGCCUAGUCCAGGAAGUGCUUCUCUCCCAAAUCAAGAACGUAUAUUUCAGCUUUUCAGUGAAGCUAUGAGUGAUUGCCAACAACACACUAGAUUAGCAGAUAGUAUGAUGGAAGAAGAUCAUGAUUUGAUAACACAAACCUUUUCAGAAAUGGAAGCUGCUAAUCUGCACAGCACUUUGAGUGGUGAUCGAGCUUCUGCAUCACUUUCUCCUGAUUCCAUGCCAGAGACUAUGUCAAGCUGUGACAGAAUGUUUGAUGUCUGGAAUGAUACAUUUAAUAGCACCGAAGCUAUGGGUUUUGCUGGAAACUUACAGGAUAGAGAUCAUGAAGCUAUUGAGAGAGUAUGAUGUUUGACAUUAUUA